AUGGCCAUGUUGCUCAGUCCCACAACGAUGCCUUUCGACACUCGGUCGCUGGGCUUUCAAACCUACUACGGCCACCCGAAGAUUUUCGCAACCAAAUGCUGGCACGAAGUCCAUCCCGCCAGUUCCAGACGUACUCCAUGGUGUCCGACAUGCGCUGCGGCGCGAGCAAGAGCAAGGCUCGACGCUGCACAGAGAAAUCUCGUGGCUGAAGGAGGUCUGGCACCCGCUGAAUUCAUGCGCGAUCGUCGGUGGAACACGGCGAGAAUAAAACACAACAUCGCCAAACAACGACGAGAAAGAGAGAGAAAACGGGAUCAGCUACGCUGGGAGCGGGAGCAGGCGUGGGACGAGGCGCACCGACAGUAUUACUCCCACCAUCCCCAGGCAACAGCCGACUUCACAGAAUGUGCGGAAUGCCCCUUGUGCACAUCGACCAUGGUAGAGCAGACGACCGUUGAACCAGACAUACAGACCACUUGCGAACUAGCAUGGUGGGAGCACCCAGGCGCACUACUUGUUGAGCACGGUGUGAUGCCAGACACGCCGCCGCCUUCACGCAACCGCCGGCGGAAACCUGAACCUCAACGCGAGGGAUCAAAGAUUCUGCAACACAUAAUACAGAACCGUCGCGCAUCCAUGCACGCUGCAGAAGUGCAAAGACAAGCCUGGGAAGCUCGACAUAGGAAGGAGUGUGCAGUACGGCGAAAACACGGGUUAGGCGAGGAUUAUCCGAUCUACCCCGAGUUUUGGGAUGCGCCCAUUUCGGGAUACAUCAGCCUUCGAAACCAUCAAAAGAUACUCGAAAAUCAGCGCAUGGCCGAGCGAAAGAAACGUGGAAACAGGCCGCGAUCACGGCCGCCGCGCAGCUCCUUGUCCUAUUCAGAGACUUUGGAGAGCUGGGAAAUCGAUCAAGACUUGCUCGAGGCAUUGUGUCAGGAAGAAGAACGCGCCAGAAUAGCAAAAGUGUCCCGAAAAGUGGCAGAGGAGGUCGGCUAUCUCUACUUUGUUGGCGCUAUCGAUGGAAUGGAAGAGUGGAGGGACGACUUUAUGCGCAGCAAUAGGAGUCUGGUUGUAAGAAGCCACAUUGCAAACUCGGAGACGUCGGGCAGCGAGGACAGUGCUGAUGGGGAUAGUAAAAACGAUGAGGACGAUGAGGACUAUGUCGACAAGAUGGAUAUUGAUGAAUGA